AUGGUGGCUGUUACACUGACACUGAAUUUAUAUGGAGCUUGUGUUGGUGUUUAUAUAUCUACUACCAGUCGAGGAUACACGAGCGCAGAGACUGGUCAACCUUUCUUCGACUGCUUCAGAAGUGCUCCUGAUUUGCAAGCCAAGGUGGGAGUAGACAGAUACGUCUAUACAUACAAUAGCAUAGUUAACCCUGCUAAUGGAUUGCCUCCACUCCCUACCUUCUACAGGGCUGGUAAUCCAUCAACUGAAGUCUACCGAAUAAACCUUCACACAAGUUAUCACAGAUCGUAUGGUGUCUUCUACUGCUCUGCGGCGCUUGAUGGAGAAUACUCCGCUGUUCCAACAAUCUUCCUGAGAUCCGAUGCUAAAUUUGUACCUCGCAGGGGCAGGUUUACCAAGACAGUCAACAGAGGUGACGUGGAUGUGACUGUUGAGUUUACUGAGGUCACUCCGAGUGACACCAGCAAAGAAUGGAGGUUUAAUGGUACCACCGUCGCAAUGGAUACCAUUUCUCAUAAUAUAAACCCUCGAAUGCGAAAGCGGCCAGUGUAUACAAUCAAAGGAAAAGUGAAUACGUCAUAUUCAGGGGUUUACGAGAUUCAUGUACCGGGUCAAAGAUCACAAGCAAGGGCUGGACUACAAAGACUAAUUGUUAGAGCAUGCCCAGCUGGGCGCUAUAAUGAAUCGAGUGGUUGCACCCAGUUCUGCUCAUCAUGUUAUAAUGGAGGAAUAUGCCACGAUCAAACCGGGGAAUGUAUCUGUCCUCCAGGAUUUCAGGGCUAUUCAUGUGAAAUAGCAUGCGGUGGAAAUCGCUUUGGUCGUAACUGUGAGUACCGAUGUGACUACGAUCUGUCAGAUGAUAAGACGGCAUGUAGUGGUCUUCAGGUUUGUGUACCUGAUCCCUAUGGCUGUUCAUGUACACCAGGAUAUAAAGGAUUAAACUGUACUACAGAAUGUGAUAGAGGAGAGUUCGGAGCUAGUUGUAGUGAGACAUGUCACUGCGUUUCAGGAGAAUGUGAUCGGUUUACGGGGGUCUGUACUGGAAGAUCUUCUAAUUGCCUCUCACCAUGGACAGGGACAAACUGCCAAGGUCAGCAAGGUGCCCCUCCUCCAUCAGAAAUAGAAGCUGAAAGCGUCUCUUCAGUUAUAAUCGUGACAUGGAAUGCAUCUCAUCCACUGCAUCUUAACGGCCAUAUAACGGGAUACACUAUUGACUACAAGAAGAUAUCACCCAUCCAUGAAGGUGCUCAUUCUAAGGUUAUUAAAACAGCCCAGACCACCAACAUCAUGUAUGUGAUAGAUGGAGUCAAAGAAGGAGAGGAAUAUGAGAUACAGGUAAAUACAGUCAAUGUGUUAGGCCCGGGUAAAUGGUCAGAAACUCUUCGGAUCAAAGUCUUAGAAUAUAGACCUAGAAAUCAUGCUAAAAAGAACAUUGCAGCUGCUCUCAUCUCAUCAUGCAUGAUCUUAGUCAUCCUCGGCUUUCUUCUUUGGAAAAGAGGCCAAUGUCAUCGUACUCCUCGUACGGAAACGGAUGACGAAAACUAUGAUAAGUGUGCUACAGGCAUUUCCGAUUCGUAUAUGGAGCUCUAUGAACGACCAAGCAAUGGUACAGGUGCUUAUCAGGACCUUGACAGGAAAAAGAUACAGGGAAUCGAGGCUGAAUAUAGCUACGUGGCUAUGUCAGACGUCUCUUGGGGAGGAAUGCAGUAA